AUGCUGGAGUCCAUCCGUGUCACCGAAAAACUUCACUGGCCUAAGACAGAGCUUUCUAAGAAAUCAAUCCUGAGUCCAGAAGAACAUAAGCUGAACAUUAAUAGUGAAAACAGCCUCCAGCAGCCACCUUCUGGGAUCCUUAAGGACAUUUUCACAACAGGAACCAGUAGCUACAACGUCCUUCUGCAGAGCAAAGAGGAGAAAAAACACCAUGCUCAAAAGCAGUCAUCUGCUCACCACAAGAAACAAAGAAAAACUACAAAGUGUUCUGCCACCUUGCGAAGCAGUGAGCACCGCAAAAUCAAAUUCCCACUCCCCUUGCUCAGCAGCGGAUGGUACUAUACAAACAGACAGCCCUCCAUCGUCGUCACUAGCCCAGUGUCUACCAGCAUAAAGUUUACAAACGGUAUUUCAGUUCCAGGGAACAGCAUAGGACUGCCAUCUCGACCCAGAAGUAGAGCUAAGAGGCAUUUUAAUCUAACAAAGCCAAAGCAAUCCCAGUCUUCAAAAAGCCAUGGAAAAGAAGGUGACGCCUCGAGCCGAAAACUCUGUUUACUGACUGCAAUCAAGCCUUCCAACGUGGAGAAAGAGAAGAUGAAAUUCUUCAAGUCCGAUUUCACGUACAAUCCUCAGUUUGAGUAUGCAAACCCUGCUCUGCCAAACGUGUUAGCUAAGCACAGCCAUGCGUCUGACAGAUUUCUUAAGCAGUCCAUUAACAUCAUGGAGCGGACGUUGCAGAAAUAUGGAAGCUAUGAAAAAUUUGAGCAGGCCACUGGAGGCAGCUUGCUGACCAAAAGCCGCAUCUGGAAUCACGUCAGGAAAUAUAUGGUAAAAGAAGGCUGUCUUGGUGAG